GAAUCACACUGGGACUAUCCAAGAAAUAGCAGUCGGUUUGUAUUGUCCGUCUCCGGGCUUCGUGAACAGAGGACACAUUAUGCCCACAUUCGUACUCUACUUCAGCGAUGUUGGAGAUCGCAGUCGCGUCACGGCAAAGUUCACAGGGUUUGGAAUAGUCAAUCUGUUCAGCAACAGCAGUCGAGGCCUGUGUGUUCAAUCGCUAUGCAGUGCGGUAUAUACAUGGCUGGCAACAUCAUCAUGGAAGGACCCAUCUUUCGCCAGCUUGACGAAUUGCAGAUGCUUGAGAUCGUUCCACAGCUCCAGGUCCUCGCUCGUUCGUCACCUGAAGACAAGAUACUGGUGGAGAAGCUUCGUGCACUCAGGGAGAUCGUCACCGUCACUGGCGAUGAUACGAAUGACGGAUUUACUCUCAAAACAGCGCAUGUAUGAUUCUCCAUGGGCAUAGCAGGGACAGAAGUAGCCAAAGAGGCAUCCAACAUCAUUCUGAUGGAUGACAACUUCUCUUCCAUCGUCAAGACAAUCAUGUGGGGUCGUUGUGUGAACGACGCAGUUCUGAAUUUUCUACAGUUCCAGAUCUCCACCAACAUUACUGCUGUGGUGAUCACCUCCGUGACCGCCAUCGCUUCUAGUUCUGAGACGUUGGCGCUGUCAGCUGUUCAGCUGUUGUGGAUCAAUAUCAUCAUGGACACAUUCACUGCGCUUGCACUUGCCUCGGACCCUGCAUCGCUGGCGUUACUCAACUGGACAUCUGAUAAGCAGACAGCACCACUUUUCACUGUGAACAUGUACAAACAAAUUUUGUUGCAGUCCGUCUACCAGAUCCCUGUCAUCCUACCAUUCCACUUCCUUGGCACCCAGAUCCUGGGCUUUGCCGAGAUGUCGGGCAAUAACACCAUUGUGCAGACGCUCGUCUUCAAUGUGUUCAUUUUUGCUCAGAUAUUCAACCCGGUGAAUUCGGUCGCCCUUGGCUUCGUAUCCACGUAUCCACACCUCUCGGCGUGAUUAUCCGCCUGCUGCCUAAUAGACCCUUUGAACGCCUCUUCAUCCUAAUGCGCUUACUGCCCAACCGCCAAGGUGGUCUUCCAAAAGUUCGCCCAUAGGUUGAAUGGAACUCUGCAAUUGAACUUGUGCGUG